AGUGUGUACCUCUAGCAUUUCUCUUCUUUUUUUUCUUCAAACGCAAAUCCUCAACUUCACACCUCAUGUCACUUCAACAACUCAUGGCAUUUCAACAGCAGUCCAUAGCUCAUUCACCUAACAAAUUCAUCAAAGAGAGAAAGAAUUUGGCAAUGUUUCAAGCUGUCAACUGCUCUUUGCUCAACAAGUUUAUUCACGAAAAGUAUUUUCUAUAUGAUGGCCAUUCAUAUGCUACUACAGAGUUCAGCAUUCCAAAGGACGUGGAUGCCUACACUCAUGAGUUAAUCAACUUCAUGAAACAAGGCGUGUAUGGAGCCAUAAAAAGAAAACACUUAAAAAGUGUUUAUUUUUAUGCAUACGGAGGGGCAGCACAGCCUGAAGAAGUUUGCAGUAGCAAUGUCGUGAGGCGCACUCAAGGCGACGGAGUACUCCCAUUGCCUGAGGCGCAAGGCGCGCAAAAGCGCUCGCUUGACUCAUUUUCGUUCGAGGACACAAACCAGAGCACAAGUUCAAAUCUGAACCGGGACCCGACACUUCAGAUGAUGUUUACUAUGUCCAGAUUGUUACGUGAUUUCUUUGAAUUAAAAGAAGAGCGAAGUAUUGGAAUGCGCGUUGAGUACAAUGACAAGUCAACGGAUUUUCGUGGAAUUGUCUCGAAUGAAGUCACUACGUUGGAGAGGAUUGGAGGAGAGACUAAUAUGGAUCAUUUUAUGAUGGAUAUAUAUGCCAUUGAUAGAAAUGUAAAGCACGAGGAUGGCAAUGAGAUGCUGGUUUGAGGUACUCCUUUUUUCAUGAGGGGGUUCACUUGUUGUAAGUUCGGCGUGAAUUUUAUUCCUCUGGCGUGUUCACGUCACCACACUAUUACAUAAUAUGAUAACAUAUCAUUUUAGGGCAUCAUUAUUUUCUAUAACUUCUGUAAGUUGAUAGCUGAGUACAAUUAACAUAUUAGCUGGGAAUAUGAGAUUCAGUUAUGAGAAUGAGUGCAAAAUUGAGGGAUAUUUUUUAUAUGAGGCAUUGCUG